AACGACGAGUUAAAUUAGACCGUCUCCCCUCUUACCCCUAAAACCCUACUAAAACCCCCCACAUCCGUUUUCCAAGCUUCCCGAGAGAGAGAGAGAGAGAGAGAGAGAGAGAAUAGAGGACGAUGGGGAGGUCGCGAAGGAAGUACAGGAGGUCAAGGCCGAAGGUGCGGGUCGGGUUGCCAAAGAAACACCCUAACGUAUUCAAGCCGGCCUUCAAUCUUCCCCCGAAGCUCCGAACUCUGUUGGAUCCCCACUCUUCCAAGUGGGACGACACAGCUAGCGUCAUCCACAAUUACAAGUCAUUCGGCGUCGUUUCUAACCCCAACCUGCUCAGCGUACGCUCUCGCACCUCCCACAUCAUAGAAACCGAUUCUCUUCAGGUCCCACCGCCGCCUCCAUCCGACGACUCCAACGCCUUCGAUUCCGGGAGCGAUCUCGAAGAGGAUGAUUUAAAGACAGCACUUGGGAAGAAGCGCAGUGAUGGGAAAAGUGCACCAUUGCAACCUCUAACUACCAUGCAGCGCUAUCACAUUGGGCGACUUAUAGAUGAAUAUGGGGAGGACUAUGAGAGCAUGUUCAAGGAUACAAAACUAAACAAGAUGCAGCAUUCAGUAGCAACGCUAAAGAACUUGUGCAGAAGAUAUCACACCUGUCAAGGGAAAAAUCCUUUAAUUAAGAAGUAAGAAGGGAACAAUUGAAGUUUGCUACAGAAUACCAGUAGCUUUUGCUGCCAGGGGAUGCACAUUGAUUUGUUUUUGACUGAAAAUGCCAGCACCCCUACUGUUGGAUGUUUGCAAUACAUAAAUGAUUAGCUUACUGAGUAGAAGAUGAAUCUUUUUAACGACUGAUCUACUAAAAAAUUUCUUUCACUUCUUGAUAUCCCUUAUCCUUCUUUUCCAUUUGCUUCUCCUUUUUGGUAUGUUUUGGGGUGUUUGUGGACCAUGCUUUUCCUAAGGUUUUUUUUCCUUUUGUAUUUUUUGGGUGAGACUUUAAUGACAGAAUUUCGCUUUAGAGACUCA